UAUUCCUCUCAGCCUCCAUCUUACUCACUAUAUAUGCGCUACAGUUAUAGUUUCUCAGUAUUUCCUUUCCUACUCUACUCUUUCGAUCCAAGUAAUUUGUUUUGAACAAAUUGUUGCUAAUCUUUGAAUUUUACUGUGCUCUAAUGAUGAUAUUUUGGGUAUAGGAGUGGAAUUGGUUCAACCACAGUACAUGCAUGCAAAAACACAGCUUCAGAUCCGAGGGACUAAGACAAACACCUUCUUUUGGACCAAGGGGGAGAGAUUUUGUCAUCAAUGGAAUCCACAAAAGGGCCUCAACCAUGUCCAAUGUUGUUGUUCAUGCUCUUGUUCUUGUUCUUGAAUUCUCGGAUGUUGCAUGCAGAGAAUCAGGAACUUGAGCUUCUCUUGUCUUUCAAAUCUUCACUCAAUGACCCUUCCAAGUAUCUCUCAAACUGGAAUACCUCUGCCACUUUUUGCAAUUGGCUAGGAAUCACUUGCACAAACUCCUCUCGCAUUAGUGGGAUUGAGAUCUCAGGGAAAAACAUCUCUGGAAAAAUUUCCUCUUUAAUCUUCCAUUUCCCAUAUAUUCAAACUAUUGAUCUCUCAAGCAAUCAGCUUUCUGGUAAACUUCCUGAUGAUACAUUCCUUAGCUCGUCACUUAGGUACCUCAAUCUUAGCAACAAUAAUUUCACUGGCCCAAUACCAAGUGGCUCAAUUCCCCUCCUGGAAACAUUAGAUCUAUCCAAUAACAUGCUGUCCGGGAAAAUUCCUCAAGAAAUAGGAUCCUUUUUUAGUCUAAAAUUUCUUGAUCUUGGUGGCAAUGCUUUGGUGGGUAAAAUUCCUCCCUCGAUAACAAAGUUGACAAGUUUGAAGGUCUUUACUUUGGCGUCUAAUCAAUUAGUUGGCCAAAUUCCACAUGAAUUAGGCCAAAUGAGAAGCUUGAAGUUGAUUUACUUGGGCUAUAACAAUCUUUCUGGUGAAAUUCCUACAGAAAUAGGCCAGUUAAUUUCUUUGAAUCAUCUUGAUCUUGUCUACAACAAUCUCAUUGGACAAAUCCCAUCAUCUCUAGGAAACCUCACUGAUCUUCAAUACCUCUUUCUCUACCAAAAUAAAUUUACUGGUCCUAUUCCUAAAUCUAUUUUUGGUCUCACGAAGUUGAUUUCACUUGAUCUUAGUGAUAAUUUUUUAUCAGGUGAGAUCCCAGAACUCAUUAUUCAGUUGAAAAAUUUGGAGAUUCUUCAUCUUUUCUCCAACCACUUCACUGGGAAAAUCCCCGUCGCUUUAAGCUCCUUGCCUCGUCUUCAAGUUCUUCAACUUUGGUCUAACAAGUUAUCUGGUGAGAUUCCAAAAGAUCUUGGAAAACAUAACAAUCUCACUGUCUUAGACCUUUCCACCAAUUCUCUCUCUGGAAGAAUACCUGAAGGGUUAUGCAGUUCUGGGAAUCUCUUUAAGCUCAUCAUCUUCUCCAAUUCUCUUGAAGGUGAAAUACCAAAGAGUUUGAGUGCUUGCAAAAGCAUGCGGCGGAUACGCCUCCAAGAUAACAGCCUGUCUGGUGAAUUAUCAUCAGAAUUCACCAAACUUCCACUUGUGUACUUCUUGGACAUCUCUGCUAACAAACUUUUGGGCAGGAUUGACUCGAGAAAAUGGGAGAUGCCUUCACUUCAAAUGCUGAGUUUGGCAAGAAACAGUUUUUUUGGGGGCUUGCCAGACUCGUUCGGCAGCGACAAUCUUGAGAAUUUGGACCUGUCUCAUAAUCAAUUCUCAGGUGCUAUUCCGAAUAAGUUUGGGAGCUUAUCAGAGCUAAUGCAACUAAAUCUAAGCAAAAACAAGCUCUCUGGUGAAAUCCCAGACGAGCUAUCUUCAUGCGAAAAGCUUGUGAGUUUAGACCUUAGUCAGAAUACGCUCAGUGGCCAAAUCCCUGCUAGUUUCGCUGAAAUGCCAGUUCUCGGUCAGCUUGAUUUGUCAUACAAUGAACUAUCCGGGGAAGUACCAGCCAAUUUGGGAAAAGAAGAAUCCCUUGUUCAAGUGAACAUCUCUCAUAAUCAUUUCCAUGGUAGUUUACCCUCCACAGGAGCAUUUCUUGCCAUAAAUGCAAGUGCUGUUGCAGGAAAUGAGCUUUGCGGCGGUGAUAAGACUAGCGGCUUGCCUCCAUGCAGAAGGGUGAAGAGUCCUCUGUGGUGGUUUUAUGUUGCCUGUAGUCUUGGCGCUCUAGUGUUGCUUGCUCUAGUUGCUUCUGGAUUUGUAUUCAUUCGAGGAAAAAGGAAUUCGGAACUCAAAAGAGUCGAAAAUGAGGACGGGACAUGGGAGCUGCUAUUAUUCAAUUCUAAGGUCUCGAGAUCGAUAGCAAUUGAGGAUAUUAUAAUGUCCCUGAAAGAAGAAAAUUUGAUAUCUAGAGGCAAAGAAGGAGCUUCAUACAAAGGGAAGUCCAUUACAAACGACAUGCAGUUUAUCCUAAAGAAAACGAAUGAUGUGAACUCAAUUCCGCCGUCCGAAGUUGCUGAACUUGGCAAGCUCCAGCAUCCUAACAUUGUCAAGUUAUUUGGAUUAUGCCGGUCCAACAAGGGUGCAUAUGUUGUGCAUGAAUACAUAGAUGGAAAACAAUUGAGUGAAGUUCUUCGGAAUUUAAGUUGGGAACGACGGCAACAAAUUGCAAUCGGGAUCGCAAAAGCCCUCCGAUUCUUGCAUUGUUAUUGUUCACCGAGAGUUCUUGUUGGUUACUUGUCACCAGGAAAAAUUAUCGUUGAUGGAAAAUAUGAACCGCAUCUCAUAGUAAGCCUUCCCGGCUCGCUUUGCAUCGACAACACCAAGUGCUUCAUUUCUUCAGCUUAUGUUGCUCCAGAAACCAGAGAAACUAAAGACAUCUCUGAGAAGAGCGACAUGUAUGGAUUUGGUCUCGUCCUUAUUGAAUUAUUAACCGGAAAAGGCCCGGCGGAUGCUGAAUUUGGCGUGCACGAGAGCAUCGUCAAGUGGGCCCGUUAUUGCUACUCGGAUUGUCAUCUAGAUAUGUGGAUUGAUCCAAUGAUAAGAAGGAAUGCAUCGAUUAAUGAGAAUGAGAUGGUCGAGACGAUGAAUUUGGCUCUACAAUGCACAGCUACCGAGCCCACUGCACGACCACGUGCAAAUGAAGUAUCGAAAACCCUAGAGUCUGCUUCGAAGACAAGUUCUUGUGUAUUAGGCCUGAAGUUUUCUUCCCUUUUUUAGUAUUUUAAUUAACUUACCUCCUGAUUAAUUUCUGUUCAGGUUUCUUCUUCUUCCUCCUCUUCUUUUUUCUUUCUGCGAUUUCUAAUAUGAUUGUUACUCAAAUGUUUUGUUUGAUGGUAUGUUUGACGAACACUACAUACUACUAUGAGUGUAAAAGUGUACAUAUAAAAAAUCCCAUUAUAUGAAUUGAUGAACUGUAACCUCUUUAUAAAGGGUCUUUUUAAUUUCUUUCA